GGCAAAACAUACCUUUAACAAUAACUGUUUUGCACUAAACCAAGACAGUUAGAAAAAAUCGAGAUUUAACCGUUGUAAGAUCGGGGACAUUCAAGUAAAACAUGGUGCAAUAUCAGCUUUUUGUGAUGCUUGGUUUGAUUGUGAUAAUAAGAAGCCAUGACCAUCACAGUAACCCCGACCUUGACCCCGAUGAUCCCGGAAGUGUAGAGAAAGUACUACAAGACACCGAGCACAUGAAGGAGCACUACGGUGGUAAAAUGGACAAAGUGGAUUGGACUAAAAUGACGAACAAUGAAAGAUUGUUCCAUUUCUUCAAGAUAAACGAUCAUGACGAAAACAACAAACUAGAUGGUUUAGAACUCUGGAAAGGGUACAAUCACUGGAUGGGUGAUUUCUCCAAACCGAAAACAAGCCUACAGGGGGAAGAAAGAGAAGCAUUUUAUGAAAAGCUGGCUAAUAACAGGUUCAAAAGCAUUCAAAGAAUAGUUGACAACUUCUUAGACGAGGACCAAAACGAUGACGGAUACCUGACGUUCGCUGAAUAUGUGCGCGCGCAGGAAGUCAUGCGAAGUAACUACAAAGCUAAGACUACGUAUGGGGACAGAAGCGACCCCUAUAAUGAUCACAACCCAAAUACAAACGUGAAAAGAAAUGUAUAGUAAAUGUCAAUUCCCAUAACUUGAGAAGAAUAUAGAGCAGAUGCCAAGAUCCAAAUCAAUUUAAAAUGUACAUGAUUUGAUAAAAAUAAAAUUCUCCAAGAUGAUCGGA